GUUGCAAAUCCUGUCGACUCAGAAAGUGGUCGAAAACCUUCGCAUCUGCAUUUUUCACCAGAAACAACAAAACAACAUCCUGUGACUUGGCAUUCCCCCGACGCCUCAACUGUGGAGCAAUGGCGAGCUUGCUACCGGCCGAUGUAGCGCGUGCGGAGCGAAACCGUUUGCGCGCGCUGGAACUCCGACAAGCAAGACUGUCGGCGAGACAAGUGAUGGGCGACGCAGAUGGCCCAGCGUCAUCAGUGGCGCACGCGGGAGCGACAUCCCCAUGGUCGACUGCGGGCGCGAUUCAGACUGCGCAGCAGCGUGCAUCGUGGCCGUCAUCGAACGUUGCGGGUCUGACUGGUGGUGGUGGUAGUGGUAGUAAUAGCGGGAAGGUCGUCGAUGUUCCGGUCAAGGCAGACUACUUUCGCGAUUCUCGCGCGGGAUACAUGCUGCCAGACCCCGAACGGCAGCGCAAGAUUGAAGAGCGCAAGGCCAAGCACCAGAAAGCACGUCUGGACCAACAGGAGGCCAUUCGGAAGCGAAGAGUCGCUCUGCUCGCCGCAGUCGAGGCGAUUGCACGUAAUGGCAAGACAGCCGCGACGACUCCUGUUGCCACAGACGCGACCACAGUGGUGGCAGAAGCAGGACUGCAGGGUCGAGACUUGGCUUCCGUCGAAGCAGAGCUGAAAGCACUCACCGAUCUCGAGAGCGAGGUCUGGACGGAUUCUGGCGACGAGGUUGCGGUCGUGUCGGGAGUCGAUCAGCCAGCACCAUCCGUAGAUCAGCCAGCACAAUCAGCAGAUCAGCCAGCACCGAUCGAAGAACAUGCAUUCAUUCCUGAGCCGGAGGGUGCUCCCGAGUUUGGAACUCCAUGUGUCGAGUGCAACGACGUCUUCUUUGAGUCAUUCCUGUCCAAGAAUUUCAAGCUCAACGUGUGCAACACGUGCCGGGGAGCCGAUCAGGACGAAAAAUACGCGCUGAUCACAAAGAGUGAUGCACGAAAGCUCUACCUGCUCGCGGACGAGGAUUUCCUCGGGCAUAACAACAUGUUUUUGCCCUUCAUCACCAAGAAAAACCCGCGCCACGCCAGCUGGCAUGAGAUGCAACUCUAUUGCAUCGCCCAAGUCGAGGCCGUUGCCUUCAAAAAGUUUGGAGGCGAGGAGGGUCUGGAGCGCGAGAUGGAACGCCGACAGCAGGUGCGCGAAGACCAGCAGCAGCGCAAGUACGACAAGCAAAUGCGCGAAUUGCGCAAAGCAACCAACGCGGGAACGUGGGUCAAACAGCAAAAGAUUCAUCGCCACGAAUUUCCGCCAGAAAGCGAAGUGUAUGAUCAAGCCAACGACAACUGGACAAAAACUUGCGCGUGUGGGCACAGUGUGACGUUUGAAAAGAUGUAAUCCUGUGGCAACACGACGCACACACACACAAACACAAAAACCAAUACACAACAAAACAAAAGCCC